CGAAAUUGCUGGUCUCCUCAAUCCUCACAUAUCCUCGCGUCAUGAGCAUGCUAAUUCGUACAAUCUCGAAUAACCCUAAAUCCAAGGCGCAUCCCGUUAAACUAUAGUAAUUAGCAAUUGAGGCUUAGGGUCACAAAGGGGCACAAUUGAGGCUAUGUUCAAAAUGUAAGGUAGUGACGUAUCAUUUUCAAAAUGUAUGGGCUGAAUAAGCAAUUAGCCCUAAGAGUCACUACCAUCUUCUCAGUCUCCCACCAAAGGAGUAUAAAACCCCAUCUGCGUGCUGUGCACACUUUCCUCUCUGCUACAAAAAUGGACGCCGCGCAAGAAGCCCAGAAGAGGGAGGCUUUCCGGCAAGCCGUCGUGAACACGCUUGAGCGCCGCCUGUUUUACAUUCCUUCGUUCAAGAUCUACCGUGGAGUGGCUGGGCUCUACGAUUAUGGCCCCCCUGGUUGCGCCGUCAAGGCCAACGUCCUCGCUUUCUGGCGCCAGCAUUUUGUACUCGAAGAGAACAUGUUGGAAGUUGAUUGCCCGUGUGUUACCCCUGAGGUAGUCCUGAAGGCAUCAGGUCAUGUUGAAAAGUUCACUGACCUUAUGGUCAAAGAUGAUAAAACUGGAACAUGCUACCGAGCAGAUCAUUUGCUCAAGGAUUAUUGCAAAGAGAAGCUUGAGAAAGAUAAUAACUUGAGCGCCGAGAAGACAGCAGAACUGAAGCAUGUGCUUGCCAUGUUGGACGAUUUCUCUCCUGAAGAGCUUGGUGCAAAGAUCAAAGGAUAUGGAAUAACUGCUCCUGACACAAAAAAUGCACUCUCUGACCCUUAUCCUUUCAAUUUAAUGUUUCAGACGUCAAUAGGCCCAUCUGGAUUAAGCCACGGAUACAUGCGUCCUGAGACUGCUCAGGGUAUUUUUGUUAACUUUAAGGACUUAUACUACUACAACGGCAACAAGCUUCCAUUUGCAGCUGCACAGAUUGGCCAAGCUUUUAGAAAUGAGAUCUCUCCACGCCAAGGUCUCUUAAGGGUCCGUGAAUUCACGCUGGCUGAGAUUGAACAUUUUGUGGAUCCUGAAGACAAGUCACAUCCCAAAUUCUCUGAAGUUUCAAAAUUGGAGUUUUUAAUGUUUCCGAGGGAAGAUCAGGUGUCUGCAAAACAAGCCAGGAGAAUAGUAAUAGAGGAAGCAGUUUCUCAGGGUAUUGUCAAUAAUGAAACACUCGGCUAUUUCAUAGGAAGAGUGUACUUGUUUCUAACCCAACUUGGAAUUGAUAAAGACCGUCUUCGGUUCCGCCAGCAUUUGGCCAAUGAGAUGGCACACUAUGCUGCCGACUGUUGGGAUGCUGAAAUUGAAUGCUCAUAUGGAUGGAUCGAGUGUGUUGGUAUAGCUGAUAGAUCGGCGUUCGAUUUACGUGCUCACACAGAUAAAAGUGGUGUACCCCUGGUGGCACAUGAAAAAUAUGCCGAACCCAAAGAAGUAGAGAAGCUUGUCAUAGCUCCAGUCAAGAAGGAGCUGGGUCUUGCCUUCAAGGGUAACCAAAAGAUGGUGGUUGAAGCAUUAGAGGCUAUGGGGGAAAAGGAAGCUAUGGAGUUGAAAGCAGCUCUUGAGUCCAAGGGAGAGGCAGAGUUUAGAGUCUGUACUCUUGAUAAGGUCGUGACUAUAAAGAAAAACAUGGUAUCCAUAUCAAAAGAGAAGAAGAAGGAACAUCAAAGGGUUUUCACACCAUCUGUUAUUGAACCAUCGUUCGGUAUCGGGAGAAUCAUAUACUGCCUGUAUGAACAUUCAUUCUAUAUGAGAGCCAGUAAAGAUGGUGACGAGCAGUUGAAUGUCUUCCGUUUUCCUCCGCUAGUGGCCCCCAUUAAAUGUACGGUGUUCCCUCUGGUUCAGAAUCAACAGUAUGAGGAAGUUGCUAAGAAGAUUGCCAAAUCACUAACUGCUGUUGGGAUUUCAUACAAGAUUGAUAUAACAGGUACCUCAAUAGGAAAAAGAUAUGCAAGAACAGAUGAACUCGGAGUUCCACUUGCCAUAACUGUUGACUCGACAACCUCUGUCACCGUCCGAGAAAGAGACAGCAAACAGCAGAUUCGUGUGAAUGUUGAUGAGGUGGCGUCUCUGGUUAAAUCGGUGACUGACGGUGUGAGCACUUGGGCUGAUAUAUUGUGGAAAUAUCCUACUCAUUCCUCUUGAUCAAAACUAUGGCCUGAUUUUCAGGUUUUGGUUUUAAAGUUUACUUCAGAACUUGAAACUGAAUUCUUCAUACAUCUAUUUUUUGGCGAGACUGUUAUACUCUCACUUAAAAGAGAAAACUCGUUUGGGAUUUUGUACUCCAUUGGUUCCAUAAAAAUUUUAUGACCAGUUUUUCCAAAUUAGACUUUUGAUUGCAUACAUGAUGUUUGGAAGCCCUAUUUGUUUUUUACUCGUAUGAAUCGUGUGCUGAACCAAACUAUGUGCAGACCAUGGUUUUGUGACGUGAGAUUUACAAUGGUAGGGAACAUUUUAUCUCGGUGUUCUAUUUCAGUCACCUUCUUCACAUUCUGUCACCAAUUCAGAUGGAUCUUAGCGAUCGAAAGGUGAAAUGUGUGGAACAAUAGUUGAUUUU